AUGCUGACUUACAAUCUCCAUCGUCCUCCAUCCUCUUUUGUCCUCAUUCUUCAUUUUCGUCUCCCCUUCCUACGACAGAUUACUAUCAAUAUGGAGGUUCUACUAGGUAUCACCGGCAAGGACUUCGUCAUCCUGGCGGCUUCCAAAGCCGCUAUGAGAGGGCCGACUAUUCUCAAAGCAGAAGAUGACAAGACACGGCAAUUGAGCCAGCACACUCUUAUGGCUUUUUCAGGAGAGGCAGGAGAUACAGUGCAAUUCGCCGAAUACAUUCAAGCUAAUGUUGCGCUAUACACUAUGAGGAACGACACUGAAUUGCGUCCGAAUGCCGUUGCCAACUUCGUCAGAGGAGAAUUGGCUCGCAGUUUGAGAUCGCGGAAUCCCUACACGGUCAACCUCCUGCUGGGCGGAGUGGACUCCAUCACACAGGAACCUCACCUGUAUUGGAUUGACUACUUGUCUGCGCUUGCCCGAGUACCCUAUGCCGCACACGGUUAUGCUCAGUACUACUGCCUAUCGAUCCUCGACAAACACCAUCAUCCCGAUAUCUCCCUCGAACAGGGAAUGAACCUUUUACAGAUGUGCACAGACGAGCUCAAGCGCAGACUACCAAUCGAUUACAAGGGCGUUCUUGUAAAGGUCGUGACCAAGGAUGGUGUCAAGGAAGUAGAGGUCGAUAAUGAUAGAAUAGUCAAGAGUGCUUAA